CGGUGUCUCUGGACUCCGCCGGCGGGAGGGAGCUCCGGAGCUCGGCGUUCGCUCCAGCCCCGCUCUGUGCCUUGGUGCCCCGGGUUCCUGCGUGCUGCUGGCAGCCCCCUGCGGUAGCGGCACUCAGCUCUGCCGAGAAAUCUCCCCACACGCACUGCCACCCACCUUGCUCACGGCUCCAGAAGAGGGCUUGUAUUUGGGCUCAGAAUCUGUCUUCUGUGGAUUGGGAUUGAAGAGCUUGGACGAUGCCUGGUUAGAGUGGUGUAUGAGUCUACGGACCCCGAGGUGCACUACAGAGUUAAAAAGAAACCUUGGAUCUGUCACAACGUGGAGGGCUAAAAUAAACCCUAUACAACCAGCAAACCCAAUCCAGGCCUUCCUGCCUCCCUGCAACCAACUUUACACACACACACCCAACUGUGAGAAUUCCCUCUUUUCUUCUUCCUUCAGCAACUGUAGGAUGAGGCAUUUUCUUCUAUCUGGCUCAGGGUAAAAGCAUACCCUGGGGGCAUUAACACACAUCUGGCAGGGACUGAAAGGUUUUAAUCCAGCCUCCACUGCAAUCAACAAUGGCAAAUGAACCAGUGAUUCUGAAUGUUUAUGACAUGUACUGGAUAAACGAAUACACCUCCACCUUGGGGAUUGGUGUCUUCCACUCUGGCAUCGAGAUCUACGGCAGAGAGUUUGCCUAUGGAGGGCAUCCCUACCCUUUCAGUGGGAUUUUCGAGAUCACACCUGGCAGUGCGGUAGAACUUGGCGAGACCUUUAAAUUCAAAGAAUCCAUUGCCUUGGGCACUACAGACUUCACAGAAGAGGACGUGGAUAAGAUUAUGGAAGAGCUGGGCAAGGAAUACAAAGGAAAUGCGUACCACUUGAUGCACAAGAACUGUAAUCACUUUUCUUCUGCUCUGGCUGAGAUAUUAUGUGGGAGAGAGAUCCCCCGCUGGGUGAACCGCCUGGCCUACUUCAGCUCCUGCAUCCCCUUCCUCCAGAGCUGCCUCCCCAAGGAAUGGCUGACCCCAGCAGCCCUGCAGAGCCACAUCAGCCUUGGUCUCCACAAGGAGGAACAAGGGGACACCACAGAUGAGGAGUCCCCCUCCACCUCUGCAGCCCCCUCAGCCUCAGGCACAUCACGAACCUGUAGACAUACACGGGUCUAAACUGCCCAGUUUUCCCCCAAAUAACAUCCCUGCUCUCUUGUUCUAUUUAUUUCUCACACCCUUUCGCACACAUUGGUUUCUCUCUUCAACAGAUAACACAGGGGAGGGAAGACCCCUUCCGCUUCAGUCCCUUUUCCAAGGACUGCCACUACAGUUGCUUGGCAAAAUGACUGUGAACCCCAAUACAGAACUGAGGAUUGUGGUGACUAAACUGGAUUCUCCUCCAGGGGCCUCCAUGAUCCUUGAUCUACAGAGAACUGCUGACUCUCUCAGGCAUGAGAGCAUGUGUAUGGGCAGAGUGCACAUACUGUGAUGUUCCUUCUCUGGAACUGUUUUAGCUUUUUAUCGCUCCCUCUACCCAUUUAAGACCAGCAGUCUCUUCUCUAUUUUGGCUGGAUUUUCCCUUCCCCAAUGACAAAUCACCUGCCCACACCCAGUGAAGGAACCAGAGCCAGAACUCAACCUUCUCAUCUCUUAGACCAGCAACA